CUUUUCUAGCAAUAGACUGACCUAACAUUGAAUACGUCACUUACAGUCCUGAGGCCUUUAUAAAAGCUAUACGUUUGUCUUCUCAAGUUGUCUUGUGACUUCUUGAACCCACACAACACCAUGAAGAGAUCUGCUCUAUUUCUGCUGCUCACUGGACUCAUGGCCAAUGGACAGGAGUUACAUUGGGAAAAUGGCUAUGAUCAGCCUCUAGAUUUUUCCUGCCCGCCAGGACAGUCAAUAUCCUGCAUAAAAAAGGUCAGUCGAAAGAAGGGUUUGUGUGCCAGAAUGCUCCAAAUGUGGGAAUUUGGCUGUAAACACACCUUCGAUGCUUGUUCAUCCUGUUUCUGGUCACCUCACGUGAAUGACUUUGACAAGUCGUUCACCUUUAAGUGUCCAGCACACCACAUAAUGGCAGGAAUGGCCAGCUACCAUAGCAAUAAACACGAGGACAGAUGGUGGAAGAUUUACUGCUGUAGAUGUAACGGUCACUGUAAUAUUAACUGUCAGUGGACUCCCUAUGUGAACUGGUUUGAUGAAUACUUCCACUGGCAUGUACCUAACUCUAACCACCUGUUGGGUGCUAUCAUAAUAAAUAUGAGUGAGUAUAGCUUCCCACAACAUUUCAACAUGAAUAUCAUCUAAUGUUAUAUAAGUAAGGGUUUAUGCUGAUUACAAAAUAAACUUAUCUGUUAACACAAAGUUUAUACUGACAACUUGAAAGAACUAGUCUUCACAUAGGUUACAUAUUCAUUGCAAUGGGCAUUAAAUCUCUUAAACUCUAAUUCUUCACAAUAUUAAUCUAUAUUAUUUAUAAUGACUAGAAGGUUUAUCCACACGUAAGGGUACAAUUCUGUUAGCUACCUGGUCCACUUUUAGCACUGCACAACUACAAGUCACUUGCUGGAUAAGUACCUUUUGCAAAGGAAUUGUAGAUACAAUAAAUUAUAUGUAAAAUUAUAUUUGAGUGUUUCUUUGAUAUACGUUUUACUUUAUAUUGCAAAACUGUAUAAAGGCAGCUCAUCUCUGACUUUUCUCUGCCACCAAAUCACAGCUGUUAUGCAUGUUUGUUUGUUUUUGUUUUUUAUAGCCAAGCCUUUAAAAGUAUGUGUCCAUACAGAAAUGGACUUCACAAAAUAAACUGGAGUUUAUAACUCAACAGAAUUGGGUUGAUGUCAGAGUACUUGAACAUUCGGUAGCAACUAUCGACUUCCCGGAUACCAGAAAUCAUGUUUGACAUGUUAACAUGUUGACCUUAUGAGUCCCUUGGGUCUAUACAUUUUUAAAACAAAGUGUCUCCUAAUGUCUCAGAACAAGACACCAUGAGAAGAGACUUUUUUUUUUCUACUGCUGAUUCUGGGCCAAUGGACACAAAUCAUUUAGAAAUAAACUAUAUAAUUGUGUAGCAAAUUAAAUUGUUUAUGUGCUCUGGACCAAAUAAAGUAGAGAUCUAUAUCUACAA